AUGCGGUUGACGAAACAUAUACCCGCCCUCAUUGCCAUGACCAAGCAGCUCAUCAGCUCAUGCUACGCCAGCCAUCUUUCACCAAUUCAUACCUUCUCCCCUAAUCAACCCAGCCAUGCUCUAGUCUCAUCCUCGCAACGUCGGUUCCAGACUGCGAUGGACUUCAUCAACACCUUUCUAUCCCAAGGAUGCGUUGAUCCUACUAGUGGAAAGGCCGACAUCACCCUUUGCAUCACCAGUCGAGCGCGGACCGUCCGCUCGUUCCUACCCCUCGCGGUCGAUGUAUGGGAAUGUCAUACCUUCAACAAUCACCUCCACGAAGUCCAAAUUGUCGGCCUGAUCGACGCGAUCCUUAGCUAUACUUCCUCCGACUCGCAGCGGGUACCCCAGCGUCUAUCCAACUGCGCCUGGAUAGCGCUGAAGAAUCUUCUUCCUUCUUCUUCGAAUGUAGACUACACUACAAGCAGUUUCGUUUUCAAGUUGGUCGAGCUGAUUCGACGCGCCUUUGUCUCGACUCCCCUCCCACAGUCUUCUAGCUUUUCACGCUACAAGAACAUGCGGCUUAUGAUGCAUACGAUGGUGUUCUGUUACUCUGCGCAACUAGAUCGUGGCUACUCCAAUUCUGGGUUCCGAAGUUGCCUCGAUAUCCUCAUGUUAUGCACGCGUGGUCGAAGGCAAGGGAUGAAGAAUCUUCUUUCGCUCAUUGAUGAAGGCAUAGGAGCCAAUCAGGAUGAUACGCUCUCCCCGCUGGAUAUACUUCUGUUUGAAGUUGUGACGCAGUGCACGCGUCUUCCUUUUUUACGUGUUGCCUUAGAAGUCGUCUCCUCAUCGGACUAUCGUAGCGCUCGUGUCGUUGACAUUGCGAGGCAAUGUGUACUGCACACCUUCAUCGCAAAGGAGCUAGUGAACCCCAGAUGCAAUACUGGCAUUGUCACGUCGCAACAACAAGUCGUUAUGGCUUUGCGGAGCAUGUUCGUCAUUACUCGAGAUGUAUACAUGCUGACGACCCCCGACCUCUCCCCCCACGUUUUACCCAGAGAUGAUCGCGAACAUAUCAUGCGUUUCGCCGCAUUCCUCCUCCGCUUACACCACGAUGAGUUGAUGGCUGAUUGGGCUGGAUUCACGGCGCACUCGUCCUUGCGUGUCGACAUCGAUUUCCGCGGGUGCCCCGCACGCGCACGGGGCUGCUUUCAAGCGUCUUCCUAUUUCCCAGACCGUAUCGUUGUCCAUGUUAUCGUCCCAACGAUAUGCAAGAAGCUUGAACUCACAUUUGCUGUUGAUCUCCCCAGCAAUGUCACCGCGCGCAGGCUUUCAGCUCUCAUUCGCGACUUCGAAAGCACUCGCCUUCAACUAUUGUCAUGA